UGUUUUUAAAACCCUACCUCCCCCACCCCCAUUCACUCUCUCUCACUCUCUCCCCUUUCUCUCUCUGUCUCUCUCUCUUCUCUCUCUUGUAAAGAGGGUAAAAACCAUGGAUAACAAUGAAGCAACGAGUACAGUUUUGUCAAGAAUCAAAAGCUUAGAUCCAGAAAAUGGUAGCAAAAUCGUGGGGUAUCUUCUCAUAAAAGAGAUUGGGGAGAAAGAAAUGAUAAGGCUUGCUUUUGGGCCGGAAAAUCACUUGAUUUCUCUCAUUAAUCAAGUGAAAGCCGAGAUGGCUGCCGCAGCAAACACUCCAUCUGCUUCUCCUUUCAUCCCCAUCGCAAACCCUAACAGGCCCAACCCUUUUGCCCAAUCAUCUCCCAGAAUCAUUGUUCCGAACAAUGGGUUUAUGAGCCCUUCUUCACCUUCAUCUCCUUGGUUUCAUAGCCCUAAACAAGGGGCUUCAGCUUCAUCACUCUCUUAUGCUGCUGUUGUUAAUGGGGCUGCUGGGAACAAUUCUCCCAGCCCUUUUGCUUCUCCUUCAAACCCUUCUUUUGUUUCCCCAUUUUUCCAGAAUGGUGAUGAUGAGGCCUUGUUUCUCGAAGAUGGUGGUAAAAACAUGGACUUUACUGACCCAAUUGUUAGCCCGGGGGGCCGGAGUGAUUCGAUGUUGUUUCCCUUUGGGAAUUGCAGUGAGAAUCACCCCCAAUUUCUUCACAGGAGGAGUGUUUCUGUGAAUGAUGUGUUUCUUGGUCAAUCUGAUGAGAGCAGCAGCAAUGUACUUGGUGGGGGGUUUGGAUGGAAGCCUUGUAUGUAUUUUGCAAAGGGGUUUUGUAAGAAUGGGGGUGGCUGUAAGUUUGUGCAUGGUGGGUUUGGUGGUGAUUCUCCUGAUGGCUCUCCUAAGUUUGAUGGGUUUGAUGAAUUGAUGAGAAUGAAGGCUAUUCAGCAUCAAAGAAUGGCUAUGGCUGCUGGAGCUCCAAUGCCUUUCAAUAACAGGUGUAUGAGCUUGCUCAAUGACAGUCCAAGAUCCGCUGCAGCAGCAGCACUGAUGAUGGGGGAUGACUAUCUUCCAUUUGGUCGUUGCAGACAUGAUAGAAGUGAUUUUGCUGGGUUCGGAUUUAGAGAGCAUCCAAAUUCGAGCUCUCGACAGAUUUACUUGACCUUUCCGGCUGAUAGCACUUUCAAGGAAGAGGAUGUUUCCACCUACUUUAGCACAUUUGGACCGGUGCAAGAUGUGAGAAUUCCUUAUCAGCAGAAAAGAAUGUUUGGAUUUGUCACAUUUGUCUAUCCAGAAACUGUGAAGCAGAUUUUGGCUAAAGGGAACCCUCACUUUGUAUGUGAUUCACGGGUGCUUGUUAAGCCCUACAAGGAGAAGGGCAAACUCCCUGAUAAGAAGCACAUGGAGAUUGAUGACCUUCCAGCAUGUUUUAGCCCAUCUGGGCCCAGCUCAGUGGAGCCAUUUGAUCUUCACUUUGGAAGACGAAUGAUUUACAAUCAAGAGAUGAUGCUGAGGAGGAAGCUGGAGGAGCAGGCUGAACUGCAGCAGGCUAUUGAGUUCCAGGGGAGAAGACUGAUGAAUCUGCAACUCCCCGAAAUGAUGAACCCGCUGCACCGCCAUAUGGCAGUUAUGCAGGUUCCAUUUCCAGCGCCGGGUUACCCACAGAUGAAUCCAGGUCUUGGACAUUCAAUAGAAACAGAAGGUAUCAAUCAAGAGGAGUUAAUUGGUGUAAAUACUGGUAACGAUGAAGCUGUUUCGCCCACCAUGCCUGAUGAUCCUCAGGAUAAUGAAUCAAAUGACAGCAACGGGAAUGGCUGUGACAGUAACAAGGCAAAGGUGCCGAGUGUUAAUGAAUCUGAUCCUCCUGCAAGCAAUUUGGAGCACAUCCUCCCGGAUAGCCUCUUUGCAUCUCCAACAAAGUCUCAGCAGUCUCUUGUGUCCUCCGCCGCUGAAAUGGAUGAUACUAUUCCCUCAACAAGCACUUUGCCGUCUUCUAAUCUUUUUCCAUCUCUAACUCCCGGUCGCACAAUGGCUUCUCUCAGUUCCCGUUUCUCUGAAAUGCCAAGGAAGCCCUUGGUAUGAUGCUGGUGAGCAUGGCUGACAUGGAGGGAUUUGACUUCAGUUUUUGGAGUUUGGAGUGAGACCACAUAGAAUGAAGACAAGGCCUCCAGCUGUAUGGUCAGUCAAAGCUUACAUGACAUGAUAAAGGAAAAAGUACUCUUCCCCAAGGAAAGAUAUCAACUAUACCAUACUAUUUACAAAAAUACAUGAUAUAUGCAUAGAUAAAAGGACUUAGUUUUUAAUGGGAGUGGGGGGUGCCCCCCUCUGUUUAAUUUUACCCCUUCUCUCUUUUGUUAGUGUACUGGACCACACAGAAGGGUUCAGUAACAAAGGAUUAGCACCAGCAGACUUAGCUCUAGUUUUUCUCUUUGAAUGUUAAUACUAGACCUAGUUGAAACUUUUCAAAUUUC